GUGUAGUUGCACGUCGGCCGUCGCGGGAGGUGGUUCGUCGUUAAAUUCUCUCGUCAAUAGAUCUACCUAUUCUUCGUAGAAAUCGCGUUCAAUAUAUCAUUGUUAUCGCUAACGAGCCAUCGAACAUUGUAUAAAACCCAUCGCCCGACGUGUGAUUGUUGUUGACUGUUGUUUAUAAUACAAGUUUAUCAGUGUUGAUUAAUGAAAAUUUUUCAUCGAAACUGAUAAUUAAAGUGUCGUUAUCGACAGUCAUCUGCAUAGAAAGAAUCGACUGUUAUUUUUUGGUGCGUUCAUCUGUUGCGUAGUGUUCGAUAUCGAUUAGUGAUACGCAUCGAUCGUGGAUCGAUCGAGGGAUACUCGCUUCUCUGGUUCGAGGUCGUUGAACCGGUGGGAUCUUUGAUCUGAAGCGUUGAUAGUAUUAUCCGACAAAGAGGUUCGGUUACUCGUGACGUAAGUGAUUGUUCGCGAAAGAAUUGAACGUCAAUGUCAUCCUCGGGACUGAUGCGUUUUAUCCGUGCACCGUGCAACGCGUGCUGUCAUAAAGUGUGGUUAGGUUGCUCCUGAAGGCGUAUCGCUGUUACGGAGCUCGAAAGAAGGAAGCGAAGCUUGUAACGAAUUGAUCGGUUGAUUUCUGGAGUUUGCCGACGCAGUUUGGCGCCAAUGAUGAUUUUCACCGGCAGGUCAGUGGACGCUCUCGACGAAGUUCACGGUAGCAACGUUCAGACGGAUAACCGUCGCGACGUGAGCGCCAUCGCCAUAGCCGCAGGAUGGUUCUCCAGUCUGCGCAGACCCGGUAAAAGGAACAAGAAGGGCUAUCAAAAGCAGGCCAAGAGCGCAUGGGACCUUAGCACAUUAUCUACGCAACUGAAAGAUGAGCUGGGCGAGGUGGUGGCCGAGAUGGAGGCGAUGGAAGGCGGCGGCCUUGCAGCCGACGAGACGAAGCCGUCGAACAAGGCGAAGCAGACGUCGAUCGGCCGCAAGAAGUUCAACAUGGACCCUAAGAAGGGCAUCGAGUACCUGAUCGAGCACAAUCUGCUUGCACCGACCCCAGAAGACGUCGCUCAGUUCCUUUACAAAGGCGAAGGACUGAACAAGACCGCGAUCGGUGACUACCUCGGCGAACGUCACGACUUCAACGAGAGGGUACUACGCGCGUUCGUCGAGCUACACGAUUUCACCGAUCUGAUCCUGGUGCAGGCACUUCGACAGUUCCUCUGGUCGUUCAGGUUGCCCGGCGAAGCUCAAAAGAUCGACCGAAUGAUGGAGUGUUUCGCGCAGAGGUACUGCCAAUUGAAUCCAAACAUAUUCACCAACACCGACACCUGUUACGUAUUGAGCUUCGCCAUCAUCAUGUUGAAUACCUCCCUGCACAAUCCCAGCGUCAAGGACAAGCCCAGCGUGGAGCAGUUCAUUUCUAUGAACCGUGGCAUCAAUAAUGGCGGCGAUUUGCCUCGCGAACUCCUCGUGAGUUUAUACGAAAGUAUAAAGACGGAACCGUUCAAGAUACCGGAAGACGACGGCAACGAUCUGAUGCACACGUUUUUCAAUCCCGACAAAGAGGGCUGGCUAUGGAAGCAAGGUGGACGUUACAAGAGUUGGAAAAGACGAUGGUUCAUAUUGAACGACAACUGUUUGUAUUACUUCGAGUACACGACCGACAAGGAGCCACGGGGCAUCAUUCCGUUGGAAAACAUUCAGGUCAGAGAGGUGCAGGACAGGCACAAGCCUCACUGCUUCGAGCUGUACGCUGCCGGCUCGGAAUUUAUCAAAGCUUGUAAAACGGACAGCGAGGGAAAAGUUGUCGAAGGGAAACACACCGUGUACAGAAUGUCUGCAGCCACGGAUGAGGAGAAGGAGGAGUGGAUCAAAUGCGUGAGGCAAAGCAUAUCGCACAACCCUUUCUACGACAUGCUGGCAGCCAGAAAGAAGAAGGCUCAAAAGACCAAUGUACACUCCAAGAGUUAAACUCUGACGGUAACACAGCUUCGAGAAGAAGCUUUGGCGAGACACAAGACUGUCUAUUCGCGAGCCUGCCUGCCCAUCAGGAUCGUGGAAUACAAUCAAACGAACCUAAACCAAGGUCCAUCGAAGUGCACGCGGAGAAUCCCGGCUAAAACAGGUGUCGGCGUUACCUGUUGGAUGGAUUUUCAUCAACGUAUAGCAUCGUUAAAAACGUCGAACAAGCAGAGGACAAGAGGAAAAGGAUGUUGUUGACUGAGAAUCGAUUCGACGUUAUGUUUCGUAUAAAAAUACGCUGCUGCGCUCUAGGGGCCUAGAUUGUAUGUUAUUUAAACGAAUUCAAAUGUAGAUUCAAAGCGUUUUCCUGGGGUGAAUCAACAGGAAGGAUAUUAUUUAUGUUGUUGUUGUUACACGUUUGAAGCUAGAACAUGUUACACGUCCAGUGUACAGGACUCGUGUUGGCGUGAAAGAUGACAUUUUUCUUUUUUUUUCUAGAAUUAUGGGAAACAUUGUCCUGUAACUUUGGUGAAACGCUAGAAGAGAGUCUCUAGAAAAGAAACUACGCGUGUAACUUACCGUGUGAAUAAAUGUAACGAAACGGGGGGGCGAGAGAUCAAAUUGGAAAGAGUGAAAUCUUUUCAAUUUCAAGUGGCAGCUUUAAAAAGAAAAAUUAACGGGACUUGAAAUCGCUUUGAUACGGAGGUACGGAAGAUAAGGUAAAAUAUUUAUUUUAUACGAAUCUCUCGUGUAUUAUGUUACGUGUUCGGGGUUCUUUGUGAAAGAAGAACAAAGAAGACGACGAAAAGGUGAUACGGAACAAAGACUAAAGCGAUUGCAAUUAAUAUUAAACGUAUGAGGGAGAAAGAAUCGGUAAGACGCGUGUAUUAAUGUGAUAGUCCUGUAUUUAUUUGAACAAAGAAAUGAAACGUGUAUAGAUAAGACUAGGUAAAACGUUUCCUUUUUUAAUAUGCCAGAAAAUCAUCUUAUUCUGUACAUUGUCGUACAGUUUUGUAAGUAUGGCAUGGUUAGCCAAUUACGUGACAGUAGGUUAGAACAAUUAUCGUUUUUCUUUUGAUUGAGUAUAUAUAUAUAUGUAAAGAUAUAAAUACAAAUAUAUAUAUAUAUAUAUAUACAUAUACGGAGCAUGUAGCUUCGUGUAUUAUACAUACUGCAAUAUAAUAAUUAUGAUAGUACAUGAAAAUCAUAGUAACUUGAUAAAAUCGAAUUAAAAGCCUGCAUCCUUACAGUAUUUACAAUUUACGGGAUACAAACUAAAGCUAAAGCAUAAUUGAUAUCCAUCGAUUUUUGUUAAGUAAGUGAUUUACCUGAUCAUAUUUAUUCCGGGUAAACGUUGUAUAAAACAACACAUAUUGUCUUCGCAUUAUUUUUCCUGCUUUCAUAUUCAUUGUGAGAGCAACAAGUGUAGAGAAUUGCUUUUGUCAGAAAAGUAUAUAGACGACAAACGAUGUACAAUUUUUGAGACAGUUUUUUCAAUUCCAUUUGAUAACAGUCUUUUCCAAGUUUUUAUAUUUCAAAGUACAUUGAUCACUCCUAGUCAGACAAUUUCUAUUCGUAGAAACCGUUUUUACCGUGAAUAAUGUAUCCUGAGAUUAAUUGACAACGUGUAGGACGUUUCAACUGUUUUCAUUUGUAUCAUUACACAUGUAGCAUUUUGAGCAAACUUUGUACCAACGACUGUUUCUUUAUAUUUAUAUACUUCAAGAAAACGUACGGAUCCGUCUUUGUGUCUCAAUUUCUAAACUUAGAUCCUUCCAGUUAUCUAGCGAGCUUAAAUGGCAAACAAUAAUUAAAUAAAGGCAAGCUGAUCCGCCAUAAUAUAUAUUAUAUAAAAAAGAGAAUGAAACUCCCAAACGUUUUAUGUUCUUUUUGCUAUACGCGAGAAUAAUGUCAAACAUCGAAAAAGCCUUAUUACAAAAUACAUUGAAUAACGAAACGCAGAAAUAAUUAUAGGGCCAAGAACGAUAGAGCAUAAGUUUUUUAACGUCACGCGUUUAUAGAAAGUAACUGUACUGCAAAACAGCGAUUCGUAGUCUCUGUAGUUUCCAGGAAACGCACUAUUUCUAUUCAACCAUUGACAGACUGUAAUUGAAUUUCUAGCUAAUCGACCCGUCCUUGAAUGAACAUUGUACAGAAUAUCUUUUCUUUUUCCUUUCUACUGCUUGCAAUCAGGUUGUAGAAAUGGCAUUCAAGGUAUCUCGAGAUGUAUUUUUCCAUAAUACGUGUUUAAAAAUAUGGAUGAAUACGUUUCCUUUCUUUCGCAGUACUGCAGUAAUGGUAACAAGCGAGUUUGAAUGUAGAAACUGGUCAUACAUUAUAUUGUUAGAGAGUGGUGUAAAAUUAGUUUAGAGAAAGUUGCUUGUUAACGCGUUAACGUCCUUCGUGUCAUGUUUCCUUGGAGAAUUGUUUGUCGGUUAAUUGUAAUAUAAUUCUUACUGUAUUGGGUAAAGAUUGAUUAAUUAUCUUUACUAUUGCAUCAAAUUAUAAUCAUUGUAAUGGAAACAAUUGCGUUAACUGUCAAAAGAACAGAGACGUAUACUAAACAAAUAGAACCUGUUACUUAAAAACUCGAGGGCCAAUAAAAGAUAAUUAAACGGUGUAAUGUGGCAAGUGUAGGUAAAAAUUCAGCUUUCAUUUUGCAAUAUAAAAAUAGUUAAAUAGGGUUUUUGGUAAACCAUAAAAGUGGUGUAUUAGUAAAAUGAUUAAUUCAAUCUAAGAAUUGUAUAAAGAACUGUAUUUUACAGUGAAAAAUUUGUAAAUUUCGUUGUAUAUUAUUUUCACGCGAUAAUUGUUAUGUAAUCAAGACGAUCUGUGUACUGUAUUUGCGAUCUUACAUGUAUUAAUUUAAAUGCAAUCAAUAAAUAUUUCCAUUUCGUAAAUAAUUAA